AUGCAGACAGAGAAGGCAUCAAUUGUUCAAGUCUAUUCCAGUCCGACCAUGACAACCAAGUUACCAAGACCAAGCACCUCCUCCUCCUCCUCCUCACUACCACCACCACGUCAUCUCCAUACAACCACAAGACAAGACGAUCGAUCAAGUGUUCCAACAAUCGUCACAAAACCUCGUCUUCCUCGUGGUCGUCGUCGUCUAUUACAGGAUGAAGAAGAACGAAAAGCAAGACGUAAAGCACAGUGUAAAUUAAAUCAACGUCGAUAUCGUGCACGACAGCGAGGAUUGAUUAGUAAACUCUCACUGGAGACGGAUGUAUGGCAUAAACAUUUACAGGAUUUACGGGAAUAUCGAGAUUUUCUACAUGCGUAUUUUGCUCCAUGUGUUUGGAUUAAGGACGAUCGACGAUCACUUCUUGUGGCGAAUUAUUAUUUACGGACAUUUCGAGCUGGUUUUACACUCCAUUCAACGGAAUCAAGUUCAUUACAAGAUAAUUUCAUACGAUUAGUAUGUGCACCAGGACUUGUGACACAAGGAGCAAUGACAGACGGGAUUGAAGCACUUUUAUUGCAAUUGAAACGAUAUACGUCCUAUCAUGGUACAUUUGAGAUGCAACCACAGGAUGUUGAGAUGAUUUAUGCACCACGACAACAGCAGCAGCAACAGCAAGAGCAGGAGCAAGAUGAGGAGGAUUGUGUGGAAGAAAAAGUAAGCUGGAUUGUACAGGCAAAAGGAAGAGUCAAGUUACGAAUCUCACGGGAUACACUGAUGCUUGUGUAUCCCCAUGUCAUGCGGCAUUACGACAGACUUGCACAACGUGUAAUGGGACAGACAAUUGAGCCGGAAUUCACAACGACUUUUUACUUUGAUGCUUGUGCAAGAGUGACGAAAUUGGAUCACCAUGUUGACUUUGCUGGAGCUUUUUUUCGCUUACUAGAGAGUCCUGAGGAUGUGGCUAUGCUGCUGGAAGGCGCGUUGAUUUCGCCUUUUUCCGAGCUGGGAUUAGAUCCACAAGAUACGGCAGCAGAGACAGCACUUACACGAGGAUGCAAGCAGCUCAGUCUUAAGUAUAUUCUCCUGUAA